AUGAGGCCGCAUGAGCGUAACUAUCCAACUCACGAUUUGGAGUUAGUUGAUGUAGUCUUUGUGCUCAAGAUUUGGCAUCACUACCUGUACAGGAAGGCGAACGUAGUCACAGAUGCUUUAAGUCGCAAGUCUCUGGUUCAUUUAAGGGCUAUGCUUGCAUGGUUGUCUGUCUCUGAGGAUGAGGGCCACUUGUGUGUUCUGGGAGACGAGGAUCUAAGGCACUUGAUUAUUACCGAGGCUUAUAGCAGUCCUUUUGCUAUGCAUCCCAAUGGGAAUAAGAUAUAUCAGGAUCUUCAGCCUAGACAGAUUGUGGAUUGGAAAUGGGAGCAAAUUAUGAUGGACUUCAUUUUGGGUUUGCCUUUGACUCCGACAGGUAAGGAUUCUUUCUGGGUGAUUGUGGAAAGAUUUACGAAGUUUGCGUAUUUUCUACUGGUCCGUACGACUUUUAGUCUUCAUCAGUUAGCUGAGCUCAACAUCAAAGAGGUUGUUCGUCUUCAUGGAGUUCCUGUUUCAAUCAUAUUAUGCCAAGAUCCGCAAUUUACUUCAAGAUUCUGGAAGGCGUUGCAUAAGGCUUUGGUUGAGUUUGGAUAUAAUAAUAGCUAUCAGAAGAGUAUUCAGAUGGCACCGUUCGAGGCUGUGUAUGGUCGGAAGUGUAGGACUCCUAUGUGUUGGUCCGAUAUAGAGGAGAAGAUGAACUUGGGUCUGGAGUUGGUUCGAGAGGUUGAAGAUAAGAAGGGAAAGCUUAGUCCGAGGUUCAUUGGUCAUGUUGUCGAGCGGAUUGGACUGGUUGUUCCUAUUGAGGAGAUCGAGGAUCGAUCUGAUCUUUCGUACAAGGAGAAAUUGGUUUUGAUCCUAGACCUAGAGGUUAAGGUGCUACGCAAUAAGAUGGUUCUGUUGGUGAAAGUUUUGUGGCAUAACCACAAGACUGAAGAAACCACUUGGGAGUCGGAAGAUGUGAUGAAACGACAGUAUCCAUAUCUGAUUGAUUGA